AUGACAGCGGAAAAGAUUACAUGGGCGGCAAUUGAUGGGCAGGAACAUCCUGUGUUGGGACCCGCGUGGAAAAGUAAUGGCCAUGUUUUCACCUCAGGUAUUGUGGGCCAAAACUAUACCACUGGAGAGAUACCACUGUCACUAGAGGAACAGACAGAGUUAGCUAUUUCUAAUGUUAAAAAAAUCUUGGAGGCAUCUGGAACCUCAAUUGACAAGGUAUUUAAAGUCUUAAUGUUCAUUUCACAUUCUGAUUACUCCUCAACUAUGAACAAAAUUUAUGCGAAGCAUUUUCCUCAAAAACCAGCAAGAAGUUGUGUGGUUGCUGCGUUCAUGGAUGCUGCGAUUAAAGUUGAGUUGGAAGUAAUUGCAUCAAUGGACUAA